AUGGGUGAGCUUGAUGCAAAGCCUUUGAUUGCUUCUGCAAAAAGACGAUGUUUAAGUGAAGAGGAUACAGCCAAGUUUGUAUCUUUAUGGGAGGAUCAUCUCAGGGAUCCAAGCUGGCAUCCAUUCAAGGUCAUCGCCAUUGGAGAAGGGGAAUCCAAGGAAAUGGUGGAUGAAGAAGAUGAGAAGAUUGCAAUGUUGAAGGGUGAAAGCGAUGAGGAUGUAUACAAUGCGGUUGUGAAAGCCCUAAAAGAGAUGAAUGAGUACAAUCCAAGUGGCAGAUAUCCAUUGCCUGAGCUUUGGAACCACAAAGAGAAAAGAAAAGCGACAUUGAAAGAAGGGUUUGAAUUUAUUCUCAAGCAAUGGAGAAUAUACAAAAACAUGAAACGAGAUUGAAGAGUUAAUCAUAUUUCAACAAAAAAGUGUGUCAUAAAUUUAUUCAGGUUUAGUCAUAUUAUCUAUAUAUAUGUCAUAUAUCAUCAAUAUAGCUUUAGAGAUGUUAACGUUGGUCUAUCU